AUGAGCGUUAGAGCACAGGAAAGCAAUAACGCGUCUACGUCCCCGACUAUAUCGAGUCAUUAUAAAGACUUGAUUAAAAUAGAGAUAGCUAUGCGUCGCGUGGAGGAAAAUAGCAGGAGAUUGAAAGAGUAUACCAAGUCAUUGUUAUGGGAUAAUAAAGACAAAUCUCUGUGGUGUGUUUUGUUCAAAGACAGUGAAAGGGCUUUGAAUAAGCCGGUAUUACGGGAUGGCAAAAAUAAACAUUCUGUAAACGAAGAUUAUAUACGAGCUCUGAGAGAGCAAAAAAUGCGGGAAGCUGUUAUACAUCUGAGGCAUCAUGGCAACCAUCAUCGGAGACGCCCCGAAAAUUUACCAAACAUACCCUAUAUUAAA